AGAAAUAGUGUCAUGAGUCAACCAUGAGAAUCUUAGAUUUUGUCGUAACUGUGAUAUAUUUUCAUUUUUGUGGAGCUUUUCAUAAAGAUGGUGUCGGUUGUGGUUUUGAAUCUUCUUGGCUUGAAUCAGUGGUCAUGUCGAUGAAGCUUAAUAAACAAGGCUUUCACAGGGACCUUGUUUAUGUGGUUCGACAUGAGCCUACAUCACAUCCUGUCAAGGCUCUGCUUCUUCACCAACUGCCAAAUGGAGUUUACAUGGAUCAGUAUCAGCUUGCAGACUUGAAAGAGGAAAUGGGAUUACAGGUGCUUCUUGAUUCAGCUUUAGACCUUGAGGCCCCAGCCCAUGUUUCUUCUCCUUUCACUGCAUUCGUCUUCCUCAGCCCUCCUGACCUUCUGCAGGCAGCGGUUCCUGUCCAUGGCCGGUACCACAAAGCAUCCACUUUGGGAGGAUGGGAACGAGUAAUCAUUAAACCACCAAGACUGCUGCUUCGACCUGAGCACUGUGACACUGUAAACCCUGGAUCAUCACACAGGCUCGUUGAUGCUCCUUGUACAAUUCAGAACCAGAGUUUGUGCUCAUGGGUGGAGAUCCAAGGAUUACAGAUUCCAAGUGUGAGUCUCGAGCUUCCAGUGGGCGAUUCCUCUUUGAUCAUCCCAGUGUGUGCUGUAACAACACUGGUGUCUGUGCUGUGUAGUGCUUUCCUCUUCAGGGCUGUGUGGAAACAUGGCAUCUUCUGAAACUCUAACUCUAAUAGUCUGAAUUGAAACGUUAUAUAAGCUAAAUCUCUUCAAUUUCUUGUUUCUUGAGUGAAGUUACAAGCCUGUGUAAAAUAACACACUCUCUGGGAAAGACUUUUUUUCUCUGAAAAAUAUUUAAGAAGAAUUUGAUCUAUAUACAGUAAAUAUUCUAUAUACUGCAAUUGUCCUGUCUAAACAUUCUAUGUUGUAUUAUGAUUUUAAUUCAAAUAUUUAAUUACCUAAUACUUUUGUUUCUUUUACCUGAAUGCAUAAUGGAUUGAAUUAUUACUAUUAUCAUUAUUAUUAUUAUUGGUAGUAGUAGUAGUAGUAGUAUUUUGGUCUAUAUUAAAUAAAAGGAAAGCCCAAAUAAUGGACACAACUCAAGUAACCUAAACAGGAUAAUUCAGAAUAAGAUUUCGAUGAAUAGCAAUGUUAUAUAUUUAUUCAUCAUAUAUCUGUUAAUUUUAUUAAACAUAUUUUUGCUAGAUCAAAUUCAAAUUCAAAUUCAAAUUCAAAUUUUAUUUGUCACAUACACAGUCAUACACAGUACGAAAUGUAGUGAAAUGCUUACACGACCGCCAGUGACCUUAAAAAGAGAAUUAAAACUAAUUCAUUUUCAUUUUUCCAUGAUUUUAUGUCCUCUGGAAUAAGUGUGUAUAAAAUUAGCUUGUGACAUAAAGUAUCAAAUUUUAUUACAUUAUAUGUUAAACAGUGGUGGCACUGCCACCUUGCACCCCCAGGGUCAAGGGUUUGAUUCCUGUGUGGUGUCUGUGUGCAUGGAGCUUGCAUGUUCUUCCUGUGUUUGGUGGCUCGUUGUAUUUGUUGCCGCUCGGCUUUAUCCUGAGAAAUCAUGGCAUCUCCCUUUACUGCUAUGCAGAUGACAGUCAAAUUUACCUCCCGUUAAAACAGAAGGAAGGCUACUCUGUCAAGGCGCUGUUAACAUGUCUAGAUGAUAUAAAGGGACGGUUAGCCCAAACAAAUUCUAAUUUUAAUGAUAAAAAGACAGAGGUUUUGGUAUUUGGUCCUGGUGCCAGGGGUAGAGUUUUACCUCUGGAUUUAGGAGAUUUGGAGCAGCAUGUUAAACCUACAGCGUCAAAUUUAGGGGUUAUUUAGGCUAUUUAGAUUAGUGCUGUGGUUCAGUCCAGUUUCUUUCAGUUAUGGCAAUUGGCAAAACUUAAACCUGUUUUGUCCUUUAGGCUGUUCGAAAUAGCCAUCCACACCUUCAUCACCACAUCAUAACAUUGAUUACUGUAGUGUUCUGUAUUUUGAAGUUUCUUAGACAGCAUUACAUCAGCUACAGCUGAUCCAAAACUCUGCUGCUCGACUAUUAGCGUCUACGUGUAAAAGAGAACAUAUCUUUCCAGUUCUGGCUUCUCUUCAUUGGCUUCUGGUACAGUACCGAAUUAAUUUUAAAAUUCUCUUGGUCACGUUUAAAUGUUUACAUGGCCUUGCCCCUCCCUAUCUCUCGGAUCUGCUCCAGCUCUAUGCCCCACCCCGGUCUCUCAGAUCAUCAGAUAAACUUUUGCUGAUGGUACCCAAGACCAAAUGCAAGCUCAGGGGUGAUCGGGCGUUCUCUGUGGCGGCUCCCAAACUAUGGAAUGACCUACCAUUGACCAUUCGUGAGGCCACAUCAUUGAGGGUGUUUAAGUCCAAUCUUAAAACUCACAUGUUUUUUCUGGCAUUUAAACCAACAUGAGAAGUUGAUUUUACAUAUUGUUUUGCUUAGAUAUGAGUGUGAUGUGAUUUUUAUUAUAUUCCUCUUAUAUUAUUUUAUACAUUUUUUUAUUAUUAUCUUGUUUUUAAUAAUAUAUUUUUAUUUUAUUUUAUUAGAUUACUAUGUUAUUUUAUUAUUUAUUUAAAGCACUUUAGGGCAUUCUUGUUGUUAAAGUGCUAUACAAAUAAAGAUGAGUUAAGUUGAGAGUUGAGUGCCUCCAGGCACCCCUGACCCUGUACAGGGUAAGUGGAUUAGAAGAUGAAUGAAUAA